AUGGAGAGCGGGCGGAAGCGGCGCGCGCGCGCGGCGUUGUGGGGGGGCGCGGCGGCGUUGGGGGCGGCGGGGGCGGCGGGGUGGGCGGGGGGCGCGGGCGGCGGCGAGCCCGACGACGAGGAGCCCGACGCGGCCGAGCCCGAGGCGGGCGGCGACGCCAGCAGCAGCGCCGGCACGCCGCGCGCCCCGCUCCUGCUGCGCCAUUCGCGUAUUGCUCUUUCAGACACGCCCAGGGGCUGGCCAGACGUGGCCUUGCAGACGCGGAAGUACCACCUUUUGCCGGUCUUCCGCGCGGCCGCUCAACAGAGGACGAGACAGCCCAUUCGUGCAAAAGCAGAAGGCGCGUGGCCCUGCCUCAGCGAAACACGCAAUACAGCAUGCAUAGCUUGCGACACUUUAACGUUCAUUUCGGGCCAUAGUGUUACA